AGAAGGAUUAUGAGAGCUAGCCUUCAAAGCCUAAACCUUUUCCUUUCUUUCUUUCUUACUUUUGUUUCAAGGCAAGCUACCCAAGUAAAGAAUCCAUUUCAAGUUCCUUGCAGCUUCCGAACUCUAGCUCACUAUUCCUUUUUUUUAUUUAUUAUUUCUGCUAUAAAUUCUGCAUCUUUCUGGUCUUUUUCUGUGGAAAGUUUUCUGGGUUGUUGUUGGUUUUUGUCAAGUUUCUAAAACUUGUGUCGGCUUAAAGGUUUGAGAGAGGAGAAAUAAUCCUGAAGCUUUGAAAAUUGAAGUAAGAAAAAAUGGGAGUUGGAGGGACCUUGGAGUAUUUGUCUGAUUUGAUGGGAAGUGGUGGCCAUAACCACAAGAAGAGGAAGAAACAAUUGCAAACUGUUGAUCUCAAAGUCAGAAUGGACUGUGAUGGCUGUGAACUCAAGGUCAAGAAUGCACUGUCUUCAUUAAGUGGAGUGAAGUCUGUGGAGAUAAACAGGAAGCAACAGAAGGUGAGUGUGACAGGAUAUGUGGAGGCAAACAAGGUGUUGAAGAAGGCAAAAUCAACAGGGAAAAAGGCAGAGAUAUGGCCAUAUGUACCAUACAAUUUGGUCGCUCAGCCAUACGUUGCUUCAGCUUAUGACAAGAAAGCUCCUCCUGGUUAUGUCAGGAAGGUUGAAAAUCCUGGAACAAAUGCCACUGCCACAACUUAUGGCUAUGCAGAUCCUUACAUCACCAUGUUCAGUGAUGACAAUCCUAAUGCUUGCUCUAUCAUGUAGAUUGUAAAACUCCAUUUCAGGGUUCUAGGAUUUUGAUUUUGAUUUUCAUCUUUAUCUUCUUAAGUUUUGUUUGUAAUUUUGUUGUUAUAAUAUUAAAGAUGAUGAGAAAAUUAACUAAUUAGUUUAUUAAUCACUGUUUUGCUCUA